AUGGGCAACUGCUGCGUGACGCCGAACGGAGCCGCCGACGCCGGCGGCGGCAAGAAGCACAAGGAGACCAAGGAGCCCAAGCAGAAGAAGGGCAAGAAGCCCAACCCCUUCUCGAUCGAGUACAACCGCUCGGCGCCGGCGAGCGCGCCGAAGCUGGUGGUGCUGCGGGAGCCCACGGGGCGGGACAUCGCGGCGCGGUACGAGCUCGGCGCGGAGCUCGGGCGCGGCGAGUUCGGGGUCACCUACCUCUGCACGGACCGCGCCUCAGGGGAGGCGCUGGCCUGCAAGUCCAUCUCCAAGAAGAAGCUCCGCACCCCCGUCGACAUCGAGGACGUGCGCCGGGAGGUGGAGAUCAUGCGCCACCUCCCCAAGCACCCCAACGUCGUCACGCUCAGGGACACCUACGAGGACGACAAUGCCGUGCACCUCGUCAUGGAGCUCUGCGAGGGCGGGGAGCUCUUCGACCGCAUCGUGGCGCGGGGGCACUACACCGAACGCGCUGCCGCCUUGGUCACACGCACUAUCGUCGAGGUCGUACAGAUGUGCCAUAAGCAUGGAGUGAUGCACAGGGAUCUCAAACCAGAAAAUUUCUUGUUUGCGAACAAGAAAGAAUCAGCGGCCCUUAAGGCCAUUGAUUUUGGCCUAUCUGUAUUUUUCACGCCAGGCGAACGGUUUACUGAGAUUGUUGGAAGUCCUUAUUACAUGGCUCCAGAGGUGCUAAAGAGAAAUUAUGGCCCAGAGGUUGAUGUUUGGAGUGCAGGAGUGAUUCUGUACAUUCUUCUUUGUGGUGUCCCUCCAUUCUGGGCAGAAACGGAACAGGGUGUUGCUCAGGCAAUUAUCCGAUCUGCCAUUGAUUUCAAGAGAGAUCCAUGGCCAAGGGUGUCUGAUAACGCCAAAGACCUUGUCAGAGGAAUGCUCAAUCCGGAUCCGAAACGACGAUUGACAGCUCAGCAAGUGCUUGAUCACCCAUGGUUACAGAACAUUAAGAAGGCUCCAAAUGUCAAUUUGGGUGAAACUGUUAAGGCCAGACUCCAACAAUUCUCUGUGAUGAACAAGUUCAAGAAGCAUGCACUUAGGGUCAUAGCUGAGCAUCUUUCGGUAGAAGAGGCUGCUGACAUAAAGGAUAUGUUUGAGAAGAUGGAUCUUAACAAGGAUCAAAUGCUUAGUUUCGAUGAGCUGAAGCUUGGUCUGCAUAAGUUUGGUCACCAAAUGCCUGAUGCAGAUGUUCAAAUACUAAUGGAAGCUGCGGAUGCUGAUGGAAAUGGGUCCUUGGAUUAUGGAGAAUUUGUUACAUUAUCUGUUCAUCUAAGAAAAAUUGGAAAUGAUGAGCAUCUGCAUAAGGCAUUUGCAUACUUUGACCGGAACCAGAGUGGUUAUAUUGAAAUCGAUGAACUCCGUGAGUCAUUAGCUGAUGACCUUGGACAAAAUCAUGAAGAGGUUAUCAAUGCCAUUAUCCGUGAUGUAGACACCGAUAAGGAUGGCAAGAUAAGCUACGAUGAGUUUGCGGCGAUGAUGAAGGCCGGAACAGACUGGAGGAAAGCAUCGAGACAGUAUUCGAGAGAGCGGUUCACCAGCCUGAGCCUUAAGCUGCAAAAGGAUGGAUCGUUGCAGAUAACGAGUACGCGGUAG